AUGCCGAAACGCCGUCGAGAACGCGACAGACCCAAGACCGGGCCCGAGUCGCUGUAUAACCCGAACAAACGCGUUUUGCUAAGCUAUGCUUCCGACGACGAGGAAGAGGAAGAAGCAGCAGUGGACAACGCACCGGACCAGACCAAGUCAGACGCUGCAGAAGCAGUCAUCGAUGAUCGUGCUAUUGCCAAUUAUCAAAUGACGGAAUAUCCGGAUUCUGAAAACGAGGUCGAGCUCGGCGCGACUGGCGACGAAGACGUUGGCGCAUCGGACGGCAAGGACGAGGACGUGGAGGAGGUUGGCGACGACGCUGACGACGACGGCGCCGAGGAGGAUACGGGCCCAUCAUCUACUCCACAGGACAAGGUGACGGACGAUUGGGCACCACCCACCAAGAAAGAUCCUGUGACCCAUCAACGGCCGACACUUGGUCCCGUUUCCUUUGGGCAAGAUGAAGACGACGAGGAGGACUAUGAUCCGGAAACGGAGGAGGCCAUGGCGUACCUUCGCGCAGUCAGAUCUGAGCGUCAAACCAUCCCUGAGAUUCUCUCAGCACCACGUCAACUGCAAGUCGAUGCUGACCAACUCCAAGAUACCAACCAACGCAAUCCUGAUGAGCCUCCGAUCGAAAACGAUGCGAUUGUGAGUUCGGACACCUUCGUUCAAGCCACGCCGGUGAAUUCGGAACCCACGCCUUUAGAGGGCGACGCCACAGACCCACAGAAAGUCUUCACACGUCUGCUGAUAGAACGAUUCAUGGAGCAACGUACACAGUUACAUCUUCCGCCCAGCAUGCACAAGCUAGCCGAGCUCCCUGACAGCUGCCCCAUCAGCUUCCCACGAGGCAACAACAGGGCUCUCGCCGAGUGGUAUCAUGUGCUAUCCGAAAAGGCUCCUUUGCCAGCUCAGUUACGUUCGAUGGACCAAGACAGUAUUUUCAAUCUUCUCGGACUUCUGCAAGAACAUUACCUCACGAAGGUAUGCGAACUGAACAAAGUCACGAGCGCCUGGAUAUGGUCUUUGCUUGCGAGACUGGACGAUGUCGGAACCAUGAACAACGAUGAAGUCUUUCCGCUUCGCGAGUUGGGAAAAAGAGCGGUCUUUCUACUUCUAUCUUUCUCGAGUCCUGAACUUGCGGCGGGACUCGAAAGUCUAGGGCAGGACGCUCCGUCUAUUGCUUCUACUGAAGCUAACCAAGCAGAGAUCGCACCACAGGCACCAACGGACAACACGCUGGCGACGCUCGACAUGAUGCUUGUCGUGAUCGGCCAUGUUUUCGGUCAAAAAGACUUGCUCGAGUUCAGGCCGAAAUGGACUGUCACCGAGAAGCCAGUCUGA